AUGAAGGCAGGCGACUCGCCACCGAUAGCUCGAUUCACCAGUAUUUCGUGGAUCAAUGCAUCACCCAACAGGUGUAUCCGGCUAUGUUCACUAUGCCCCCCUGGCUUUGUGGAUCCCUUCGCGGCUUUUGACAAAUUCUUUUUCGUCGGCCAUGCAUAUGUUCAUGCCUGGGCGUAUGAUACUGGCGAUGGCUUGGUUGUGAUUGAUGCUCUUGAUAAUCAAGACGAGAUUGAGAAGAUCAUGAUCCCCGAUUUGGAAAAGCUAGGCUACAAGGGUAGCGAUAUCAAGCACCUCAUAAUCACACACGAGCACAUUGACCAUUUUGGGGGAGCCAAGUAUAUUCAGGAUCAGUUCAAUGCUUCUGUCUACGCCACCGAGGCGGCAUGGGAGGGCAUGGCUGAACAAGGCAAGGAUGGCAACACGCCAGUCCCAGUCAAAGACAAGGUGGUAGUCGACGGCGAUGUCCUCGAAUUUGGAAAUAUCGCAUUUGAGAUUGUGCAGACAAAAGGGCAUACUCCCGGCACGCUUUCACUGAUCUUCCCCGUCGUUGACAAGGGCAAGCGUCACAUGGCUGGACUAUCUGGUGGCACCGGAACGCCAGCAGACAAGACUUCGCGAGAACAGAAGAUCACGUCGCAGAACCGCUUUGCCGAGAUAUCCAAGAAGAAGGGGGUUGAUGUCCUUCUCUCAAACCACAAUGUCGCCGACCACAGUCUUUACAACGCCGAUAUUCUCGCCCAUCGUGCCCCAGGUGCAUCCAAUCCGUAUGUCGUUGGAGUCGAUAACUUUUACAAGUACAUGAGGAUCAACACACUGUGCAGCCAAGUUAUUGCUGCUCGUCAGGGAAUGGACUUGGAUGUUUAG